AUGGCGAACCCGGUGUCUUCCACUGCGACGCCUGCAGCACCAUCCCUCACCCGGGUCGACGCCCGAGACCCCAGCACCACGGCCGACUUGGUCCAGGAGGUUCUCGAACGAGAUGGUGCCAUCAUCGUGACGAACCUGCUCAGCCGCGAACAGGCCGAGCAAAUCCGGCGUGAUCUCAAACCGCAUUUUGACGCCGACGGCGGCGACAAGAGCGGCUUCUUCCCAAAGACCACGCGGCGAGCCAUCGGCCUGUUGGGCAUAUCGCCCACAUGCGUGGAACUGGCCCUGAAUCCGCUCUUCAACGAGGUAGCGUCCCGACUCCUGACCUCCAAAUUCGAGUACUGGAUCGGCCAGGAGAAGCAGGUGGCCGUCUCCAAGCCCCAGAUUUCCAGCACUGUGGGGUUCCAGGUCAAUCCCGGCAGCCGCCAGCAGGGCCUUCAUCGCGACGACAUCGACUACCACAUACGGUCGGGACAUGACUCGGUCCUGAUUGGCUGUGUGGCUGCGACGGUCAAGACCACGCGAGAGAAUGGCGCGACCGUCCUCAUCCCGGGCUCGCAUCGAUGGAAGGACGACCGCUGCCCGUAUGACCAGGAGGCCAUUCCCGCUGAGCUGGAGCCAGGAGAUGCCACUAUCUUCCUGGGGAGUACAUACUGCGCCUAUGCAGGAAUGUACCGCCAAGUCGAAAACCAAUACCUGACGGUGCCGCCCUCAGUGGCGUGCUCGCUGCCCACCAAGGCCCAGCGCCUACUCGGCUACAGCGUGAGUCCGCCGUUCUGCGGCUUCGCUACCGACUACAAGGACCCCAUGCAGGAGCUGUUCGGCGUGGUUGAUGCGGAGACGGUCGUGCUUUGA